AUGGGGCUCCCCGCGCUAGAAUUCAGCGACUGUUGCCUCGACAGCCCGCACUUCCGAGAGACACUCAAGUCACACGAAGCGGAGCUGGACAAGACCAACAAAUUUAUCAAGGACCUCAUUAAGGACGGGAAGUCACUCAUCAGCGCGCUCAAGAACUUGUCUUCAGCCAAGAGGAAAUUUGCCGAUUCCUUAAAUGAAUUUAAAUUCCAGUGCAUAGGAGAUGCAGAAACGGAUGAUGAAAUGUGCAUAGCACGAUCUUUGCAGGAGUUUGCCACUGUGCUCAGGAAUCUUGAAGAUGAACGGAUGAGAAUGAUUGAGAAUGCCAGCGAAGUACUCAUUACCCCUUUGGAGAAAUUUCGAAAGGAGCAAAUUGGGGCUGCCAAGGCACUUUGGAACGUUUCAUGGGCCUGGAAAAUAAGUAAUGUUCCUGAUAAGAAAGAGGUGGGCGGAAUUGAUGACCUUCUUAUCACCAUAAGUACCAUUGCUGCUGUCACUGUUACCACCGCCAUCAUCGCUGAGCAUUUUCCCUUUGCCAAACACUCCACUGAGCACUCAUUGCUAGGAGUCAGAUACAGCUACAUAAUUUCUUUUUUUUUAACCUAUGUUGUGACCUCUGCCAUUUUUCCUUUCUUACAGCUACUGGCAUUCUUGCAAGGACUCUUCACUUUCUAUCACCAUGGUUAUGAACUGGCCAAGGAUUUCAGCGACUUCAAGAUGCAGUUGACUAUUAGUAUACAGAAUACAAGAAAUCGCUUUGAAGGUACCAGGUCAGAAGUGGAAUCACUGAUGGAAAAGAUGAAGGAGAAUCCCCUUGAACAUAAGACUAUCAGUCCUUAUACCAUGGAAGGGUAUCUCUACGUUCAGGAGAAACGUCACUUUGGAACUUCUUGGGUGAAGCACUAUUGUACAUACCAACGAGAUUCCAAACAAAUCACCAUGGUACCAUUUGACCAAAAAUCAGGAGGAGGGAAGGGGGGAGAAGAUGAAUCAGUCACCCUCAAAUCCUGCACAAGGCGAAAAACAGACUCUAUUGAGAAGAGGUUUUGCUUUGAUGUAGAAGCAGUAGACAGACCAGGGGUUAUCACUAUGCAAGCAUUGUCGGAAGAGGACCGGAGGCUCUGGAUGGAAGCCAUGGAUGGCCGGGAACCUGUCUACAACUCGAACAAGGACAGUCAGAGCGAAGGGAUGGCACAGUUGGACAACAUUGGCUUCAACAUAAUCAGGAAGUGCAUCCAUGCAGUGGAAACCAGAGGGAUCAAUGAGCAAGGACUGUACCGCAUCGUGGGGGUCAACUCCAGAGUUCAGAAGUUGCUGAGUGUCCUGAUGGACCCCAAAAUAGCUUCUGAAACAGAAACGGACAUCUGCGCUGAGUGGGAAAUAAAGACCAUCACUAGUGCGCUGAAGACCUACCUAAGAAUGCUUCCAGGACCACUCAUGAUGUACCAGUUUCAAAGAAGUUUCAUCAAAGCAGCAAAGUUGGAGAACCAGGAGUCUCGGGUCUCUGAAAUCCACAGCCUUGUUCAUCGGCUCCCAGAGAAAAAUCGGCAGAUGCUACAGCUGCUUAUGAACCACUUGGCUAAUGUUGCUAAUAACCACAAGCAGAAUUUGAUGACGGUGGCAAACCUUGGUGUGGUGUUUGGGCCCACCUUGCUGCGGCCUCAGGAAGAAACAGUGGCAGCCAUCAUGGAUAUCAAAUUCCAGAACAUUGUUAUCGAGAUCCUAAUCGAAAAUCAUGAAAAGAUAUUUAACACUGUGCCGGAUGUGCCGCUCACCAAUGCCCAGCUGCACCUGUCUCGGAAGAAGAGCAGCGACUCCAAGCCUCCAUCCUGUAGCGAGAGGCCCCUGACGCUCUUCCAUGCUGUGCAGCCCACAGAGAAACAGGAACAAAGAAACAGCCUCAUCAACUCCAGUUUGGAAUCUGUGGUCUCAUCAAAUGCAAACAGCAUGCUUAAUUCCAGCAGCAGCUUGCAGCCAAACAUAAACUCCAGUGACCCAGAUCUGGACGUGGUGAAACCCACCCGGCCCAACUCACUCCCCCCGAAUCCAAGUCCAACAUCACCCCUCUCGCCAUCUUGGCCCAUGUUCUCGGCGACAUCCAGCCCUAUGCCCACCUCAUCUACGUCCAGCGACUCAUCCCCCAUCAGCACUCCGUUCCGGAAGGCAAAAGCCUUAUACGCCUGCAAAGCUGAGCAUGACUCUGAGCUCUCAUUCACAGCAGGCACGGUCUUCGAUAAUGUUCAUCCAUCUCAGGAGCCUGGCUGGUUGGAGGGGACUCUGAAUGGAAAGACUGGCCUCAUCCCCGAGAACUACGUGGAGUUCCUCUAACCAUGGGCUCCAGCAGAACUGCUGAGCUUUAUCAUGGUAUCCAUGACAACUGCUGAUUCCAGUGUUGUAGACCAUUUCUCUUUGCCACUGAGAAAUGCAGGGUGACAGACUCUGUUGAUACCUGUCAACGUGAACAUUUCUGUGAACUCUGGUGUAAUCCAUUCCCAUGAUCAUCUCAGCUGACGUGCAGCAAUACUGCAAGAAACAGAUGUAAAUCGGAAGAGGAGGCCGUUUGACUUUGAUAAUCCAGAUAAAGUCUUGCAAAGGCAUUUUCUCAAGAGCGCUCUUAUGAGGGAGCACUCAUUUGUUUCAACAGUCAUCCAAACCCCAAUCUUUUGAAAGAGGAAAUAAGAUAAAAGUAGUCCCCAAGACCACACAGCAUACGUAGCUGAGUCCAACAGGGGUGGGCGAAGAAAUUGGCGCUGAGACGCAGGCUGGGUCAUGGCAUUUGUUUACAGUACACACUCUACUCCACC